AUGUUACCUUCAGAACUGAGUCAGAGCAAGUUAUGGUGGAAUGGACCAGACUUCUUGGCAAGAAAUGAUCCUGAAUGGUCUAAAGACGGUGAAGAAAUUAUUUCUAUAAACGAUGAGGCUCGAAUUCAAAGCGAGAGAGAAGUCAAAUCCAAACCAACUAGUGGAGCCAGCUUGUCAUGUGCCAAUGACAAUGUUACAGAAAAGCAAACGCUAUUAUCGUUAGAGAACAUUUUGCUUAAGGAACGAUACAGCACUCUUUGUAAACUGCUAAGAGUUACGAGUUAUGUUCUAAGAUUCAUCGCAGACCUUCGGACAAAGGUUUCCGGAACUGAACCAAAUCUAAGUCGUCUUUCCCUUGAAGAAAUAACAGAAGCUAAGCAUAUAUGGUAUAAGCACAUACAAGGAGCGAUUCAAACAAGCAAAAGUUUCAAGCAAGUUCAAGCAUCUCUGGGUCUAUUCAAGGAUAAUUGUGGUAUCUGGAAAUGUGGUGGAAGAUUAUCCAAUGCUAAUAUUGAACUUUCUGCUAAACAUCCAGUUUUCUUGCCCAAUGAUCAUUGGUUUUCUACCUUGUUGGUGGAAGAAUGUCACAGGAGAGUAAUGCACAAUGGUGUAAGAGAAACACUUUGCGAAAUUCGUUCAAAACAUUGGAUUGCGAAGGGAAGACAAUUUGUCAAGAAGAUUAUUGCAAAAUGUACUACGUCCAAGAGAUACGAAGGAGGAACUUAUCAAAUACCACCUCAAUCGUCAUUACCAGAUUUUUGA